UUAAAAACAGGAAGGGGUCAAAUUUUCCGACUCGAGCGUGUGACUCCGGGCAUAUACGCAGAAAUACGUACGAUGUUGUUGACCGGAGGCGCCAGGCGCCAGUUCAAUUUGCCACGAUACUGAACGGCAGCGGCAGCGCGAACCGGACGAAAGGGACAAGCGGGAUUCCGGAUACGGAUUCCAUAGCUGUCCGUGUCCGUAGCCGUAUCCUGUAGCCAGCGGUCCUUGCGCGGAGUUGAUCGGAGAUCGGAGUUACGGGCUGUAACAACUGUAGCGAGCUGUAGUGGGCUGUAGCGGGCGGCGAGCGAGCGCGUGUGACUUUCCUCAUCGAAGAAAUGUCGUCGCGACGCGCGACGGCAUUGUCGUAGUGGAGAAGAGAAAAAAAAAAAAAAACUAUAAACUCAGCGAGAUGUCCGGACCGAUAGUCAGUGGCGCGCAGACCACACACGGCGACGGUGAUGUUCGUACAGACGCGUCGCAGCUGAUUUGCGCGGUCUGCGACAAGACUGACAAGCUGCAAAGGUGCUCGCGCUGCAAGGCCGUCUUUUAUUGCACCAGGGAGCACCAGAGACGCGACUGGAAACGUCACAAGGAGUUUUGCGCGACUCAUCCCGCGCGCGACCUAACCGAGGACGAGCCGUUAUCAGGAGCGGCCAAGACCAGGAAUCGCGAGAUCCCGUCCAAGCAACGUCAUCCUGUUGGAAAAUCCCGCGUUGUAACGUCCUCUCUGCUUUCUAACCUAAGCAAGGCCCCCGUCUCGGAUGCGUCCAACGUUACUUCGGAAUCAUUGCCGUUAUCGUUGCGUCGAAACGCCAAGCAUUUCGCAGAUUCCAUUACACAAGGAGAGAACGGAUCGAGUUGUCGACAAGAACGGAAGGAGAAUCACAAUCUUAAGAAAAAAUCAAACGGUGGGAGGAAGAGAAACGCGCGUAAGCACAAAGCCGAUGGUUGGACGUCACCUAUAACGUACGAAGGAAGUUCGGAGGACGCUAUACUGGGAGCACGAGCCGAGCUCCUGAAUCCCGCUUUAGAGAGCUCGAGAAUUUUUGACAGCUUAAGCAACACGGAUCUCGGUCUGCCUAUCCAGCAUUAUAACGGCAUGAAGAAUUUCCCGGAAGUGCAGCUGGGUCAGGAGGAAGAAUUUUUGCCCCCUUUUCUACAUAGGAAUAGAAAUAAUCACGAAGAAUUUACAGACAAAAUUUGUCAAUAUGUGAUAAGAGACAUGGACAAAUACGGUGUAUGCGUGGUGGACAAGUUUUUAGGCAAGGAGAGAGGUCUCGCAGUGUUAAACGAGGUUUUAUAUAUGUACAGUGCUGGAUUAUUUCAGGAUGGACAGUUGGUGUCUAAUAAAGGUAGCGCAAAUGACUUAAAGACAAUACGUGGUGAUCAGAUAAUAUGGUUGGAUGGGAAAGAAGAACAGUGUAGAAAUAUUGGCACGUUGAUAUCGCACGUCGAUUCGAUCAUCACGAGAGCCAAUAAAAUGCGCAAUAACGGAAAGAUAGGAAACUAUACGAUCACCGGAAGGACAAAAGCAAUGGUAGCUUGUUAUCCUGGUCACGGUUCGCAUUACGUGAAACAUGUGGAUAAUCCUAACCAAGAUGGGCGUUGCAUCACGGCCAUUUAUUACCUUAAUCGGGAUUGGAACAUUAAGGAGAAUGGCGGACUUUUAAGGAUAUUCCCAGAAGGAUGGCGCGAUCAAGUAGCGGAUAUCGAACCUCUUUUCGAUAGGAUAUUAUUUUUCUGGUCCGACAGGCGGAAUCCGCAUGAAGUGCAACCAGCGUAUAAAACGAGAUACGCUAUCACACUUUGGUAUUUCGACGCCGAAGAAAGAAAUGAGGCUUGCCGGAGAUAUCAAAGAGAAAGAGGAAUUGAAUAGCACACGAAAAAAAUUAUAUCGGACAAUGCGUGUUUACGAGGAAGUGCAAUAGAAAUAUAAGAGCGUAAUUUUUCUUUUUUCUUUUUUUUUUACAAAUGGUACUGUAAUAUAUGUGAUGAAUUAACGUGUGUAGUUGCUGCAAUUUACACUUAUACAUAUAUAUAUAUAUAUAUAUAUAUAUAUAUAUAUAUAUAUAUAUAUAUAAUCCUUUCUUUUGAUUUCGAAUUCUAUGUUCACACUUUGCAAUCAGUAUUCAAAAUGUCUAAUCUGCUUCAUAUGUUUUGAGAAGAAAAUUCUUAUAUACUUGUAUCGGUCAUUAAUUCCUAUUAUGUAAAAUAUAUUAACAAUCCUCAAAGCAUGCUGCAUUUCGAAUAUUUUAAGUAAAAAAUAUGUAAAAUAUAAUGUAUUAAAUUUCUUCUAGAAAUCCUCUAUUGCAAAUAUUAUACAUCUAUUUUACACCCUGGUCGUAUUUUAACCAAAUUUAUGUCCCCCAUGUUUAUAUGCGCCAUUUCUUAGCAAUAUUAAUACAACUGCUGGUUGGUAAAGAAAUUAUAUUGCUCACACAUAAAAAUGUAAUG